AUAGACUAAACAAAAAAAAAAAUUAUCCAUGGAGGGCCCUUUGCUGACCAAGAAAGAGGACACAAAAAUUGAUGAUGAGCACAACAUUGGCAUUACAGUCAGUGACGAUUCUUCAUUAUCACCACAUGAGGCUGAGAAUGUUAACCGGUGUAACCCAUGCACAGAAUCAAGUGUUUGGUUUAUCGAGCUAGUUCUGAACUUGGUCCAAGUUGUUGCAGCCAUUUUUGUCAUGACUCAUGCUAAAGAUGAACAUCCAGAAACAACAUUGCUUGUAUGGAUCAUCGGUUACACAUGUGGCUGUGUUGCUAUUCUCCUUCAUCAAAUUGUAAAUCGUCUCUGCUCAAGAAUCGACAAGGAAAUAAUGGUCCUUUUGAAGAAUAUGCUUGAAUUUUUGUUCGUCGGUUGGAUUUUCCCGCUAAUGUGGAUAUGUUACAGAAGCUCAUCAUCUGUAUAUGACCAUACUCAACAUUUCUGGUUAUGUAUGGCUUUUUUCACUUUCACUUGCAUUCGAUAUGUACCUCUGAACUUGAAAAGUUUAGCAUUUUAUUUAAUUUCAAUUUUGGUAAUAUGGAUUUGUACCAUUCUCCCCAAUGAGAUUGUUUACCUAGUAGUAUUUGUCGCCAUCCUUGCAAUUCUUAGAAACUGUAAGAGGGUUCUUAUCUCGCAUAUGUGAAUUAUGAAGUUUGAAAGCGCUUGUAAUUGUUUUUGC